CUUACACUUUCAUUACUCGUCCCCUUUGCCAAAGCUCGAGACGUCAAGAGAUACAUACCUCCUACUAGAUACCUAGGUAGGUAACUUUCUUGUCAGUUGUUGACUUGAGGUAGAAAGGAGUAUAUCGAGAAGCAGGCGUGGAGUAUGUAUUUUAUUCUACAUUGAAGUUUAUGACUUUAAAAUACCCAUUCAACUUUGUUUCUGUAUGUUGCUAUGUGUGGUACGCAAGCAGACCUGAAGUUGGAUCACUCCAAUACUGGUCCAGUUUUUCUUAUACCAACCAUUAUCUUAAACGUUCUUUCUACCAUAUUCGUUGGAUUGCGACUUUAUGCGCGGCGAUUCAAAGGUCUUAGGCUCCAAUUCGAUGACUGGAUAGUCGUCGUCGCUUUGUUUUUCAACCAUGCCCAACUCAUCGAUGAAGGAAUUAUGGUAAAAUAUGGCUUAGGUAUCAAUGGCGAGAUAGUCGCCGCCACUUACCCUGGUGGCGUCUCAAAUUUCUUGGAGGCUUUCUUUUUUGUGCAGCUGAUUUAUUCCUGCCUGUCACCUCUGGCUAAGAUUUCGCUUCUCGCCCUUUAUUACCGCACCUUCUUCGUUUCUCGUACCCUGCGGAUAUCCGUUUGGAUUAUGACUGCCCUUAUUAUCUCUUGGGGGAUCAGCGUUUUCGUCACUAGUAUCUUCACCUGCAAUCCUAUCCGUGGAUUCUGGGAUCUGUCGAUCGGGGCAAAAUGCAUCGACAGCGCGUUAUUCUUCGAAGCCAUCACGAUACCCAAUAUUAUUCUUGAUUUAGGAACUGUGAUCUUACCGAUUCGUGAAGUGUGGAAGCUACAUAUGGGUAGAGAUAGGAAGCUUGCUUUGACUGCAAUAUUCACUGUCGGUAGCGUUGUUGUCCUUGCUGCCAUAGCUCGUCUUAUCACAGUAAAGCUUUACCAGCCUGCCGGCGGGUCCCUAAAUACGACUCAAGCACUCGUGCCCGCCUUACUUGCGACGUCAUUCGAAGUAAACUUUGCCAUAUUUGGAGCCUGUCUUCCACCUAUAAUACCCCUUUGGAGACAUUGGUUUGGCCAAAAUAAUGACACGUCCAAUAGCUCAAAGUCCACUCCACCAUUCCAUAGCAUCAUCACGAUUGGCCAGCGUUCUAAUCGGCAACCCCGCAAGCUAGAUAUGACAUUCGAGAUGUUGGAAGAGGAGGACUCUAGGGAAAAUUUGACUCAAACUCAUACGGUCUCAGGGACCGAAGGUAUCGCUUUAACGACAGUAUCUGCGAGAGAGUGGCCACAAGGCAGCCAACGCCAAAUUCAUACACAUUCUUGAUCAAUACCUAUUCUAUUUCACUUUUAUGAUAACCGUGGAGAUUGGCUGGAAAUACUAGGGCUUGUGCCUGUAUUCUUGAUAAACAUAUGCGUCAAAACAACAUCAUGGGAAAUGAAACGGAAGGAUUAGCGAGUUGAUUGACUGUAGAUUAACGAAGGUUAUAUAGGUAAACAUGUUAAAUUAUGCCCUGAGCGCCAAGAUGAAUAUACUUGGUUGUACAAACAAA